AUGCCGCCGCGAAAGAAGGCGAAAGCUAGCGCAGCUUCCACGCCGCUCGGUGAUGGCCAGCCCGGGACGCCGCAGGCCUCCAUCGCAUUGGCGCAGGAGGAGCUGCUCAACGACCCAUGGGAAGACGAGCAGGAAAUUCAGCUGCUCAAGAGCAUGAUGAAGUGGAAGCCGACUGGUCUGCACAAGCACUUCCGCAUGAUCUCGAUACACAACGACAUGACCUCCCACGGCUUCGCGACCGAGAAGGCCCCGCACACGCGCAUACGCGGCAUCUGGAAGAAGCUGGACCAGCUGUACGACCUCGAGACGCUCGAUGCACGUGAGAACGAGUUUGCUUUCCCCGAGGACGCAGCUGAGACCCUCCCCGGCUUCGAGCUCCCCGAGGACGAGUUCGGCGAGAUGAUGUGGCAGUCGCGCUUCCGUGGUUCUGAGUCGUCCGAGGCCUCAUCGCCGCCCAUGGUACCUAUCGAAGAUCAGAAAGCGCUGUACAUGCCAGGCCUAGGCUUGCUCAAAGACCUGCCGGACGGCGUCCAAUCGCGCAGGGAAGAGCGCGUGGCAGAGGCAACGCCGCCGCCGAAGAAGAGCACGAGAGCUAGCAGACCAGCCGUCAAGAGUGGGAAGGGUGCGAAAGCUGGAGCCGCCGCCGCCAAGAACAGUAAGGCCCAGUCUGCCGUAUCAGACUCUGAAGAAGAAGAAGAAGACGAAGAAGAAGAAGAGAACGAAGAAGAUGACGAUGAUGAAUCUAGCUCCGAGUCGGAAGGCGAAGAAGAAGAUAGCGCUCCUGCUACGCGGCGAACGAUUCGCACCAAAGCGAAGGCCGCGCCCAGGCGCACGAGGAAGCGAUGA